UUCCUUUCUCUCUCUCUCUCUUUCUUUCUUUCCAUAUUAAAAUAGCACAAGUAUUUAAUUAUGUCCAAGCAAACUCUUCCAAAGGCAAUGACAAUUGCUGGUAGCGAUAGUGGAGGUGGUGCAGGUAUUCAAGCUGAUAUCAAAACAAUGACUUCACUUCAUGUUUAUGCCACAUCAGUUAUCACUUCUGUUACUUCACAAAACACAAAGGGUGUAGAUGGUAUCCAUAAUAUUCCUGCAGAGUUUGUUGGGAAGCAAAUUAGGGCUGUACUAAGUGAUAUCGGUACAGAUGCUAUCAAGAUCGGCAUGCUUUCCUCUGCUGAAAUUAUUAAAGAAGUAACAAGUUCAUUAAAGGCAUUUCCUGAACAAUCUCGAAAUGUCGUUGUUGAUCCUGUCAUGAUCUCCACAAGUGGAUCUCGUCUUCUAGCGGAGGACGCUAUUCAAGCUUUAAUCAACGACUUAUUGCCCAUCACAUAUAUCUUGACACCUAAUGUACCUGAAGCUGAAUUUUUAUUAAAUAUGACACCAGGUUCAAUCAAGACGAUAGAGGAUAUGCAUCAUGCGGCUUCAAAAUUAGCUCAAUUAGGUCCAACCUAUAUUCUACUCAAGGGUGGUCAUUUGCCCUUCAAAACAAAAGAUAAAGACCAAGUCAUAGAUCUUGUAUAUAAUUCAUUAGACCAUAGUUUUCAUGAAAUUACCAAUGAUUAUGUAAAUACGCCAAAUACACACGGUACAGGUUGUACACUCUCUGCUGCUUUAGCUAGUGAACUUGCUAAAGGUGUUAAAGUUGAAUCUGCAUGUGAAAACGCAAUUAGAUAUGUAAAGGUAGCUAUUGCACAAACUUUAGAUAAUAUUGGUCAUGGUCGUGGUCCUAUUAAUCAUUUCCAUCCAUUAAGAUGGUCCCCAUAUCAAGGUAAAUCCUUUAUUGAAGCUUGUAAAGAAACACUACCUAAAGGUCUUUGGUCUGAUUUUAUUGAUCAUCCUUUUGUUCGUGGAAUUGCUGAUGGUACACUUCCUAUUGAAUCAUUUACGUACUAUCUUAAGCAAGAUUACCUUUAUUUACAACAUUAUGCUCGUGCUGCUUCACUUGCUGCUUAUAAAUCAUCUACAAUGGAUAUGAUUGGUCUUAAUGCAGCUAUUGUUCUUCAUAUUACUAACGAAUCACGUCUUCAUUUGGAUAUUUGUUCAAAAUUUGGUAUUACUAAAGAAGAUGUCUUGGCGACUCCUGAAAGUGUAUUCAAUUCAGCUUACACACGGUUUGUGUUGGAUAAAGGUACAUCCGGUGAUAUACUAGAUUUAAAGAUUGCUAUGUUACCUUGUUUACUUGGCUAUGGAGAAAUUGGUCUUAAAUUAUAUAACGAUCCUGCUACUAAAAAAGAUGGAAACCCUUAUUGGGAUUGGAUAUGUCAAUAUGCGGCAGAAGAUUAUCAACAAGCUGUUCGUACUGGUCUUGCUGAAAUUGAAAGACUGGCUGAUGAGUAUAUUUCUACAUCUGCUGUACGCUUUAAAGACGUUUGUAAGACAUUUGAACAAGCUACUCGAUUAGAAGUUAUGUUUUGGGAAAUGGGUCUUCGUCUUUGCUAAAUAAUGAAUCUUUAUUAUCUCGAAUUUUUAUAUUAUCUUACAUGAUCUGUCCAAUAAGCAGUCAUUAUUUAGAAACGUGGAUAGAUUUUUUGGCAAAAUAAAUAAUUUAAAACCAAGAUGUGUAUUACGAUUAAACAUUAUUAUUUUUUAUAAAUUAAAAUUAAUAAAGCGACCUAUGGGCACACAAUAUCUUUGUUAUAUUGGAUUGCCCAAGUCAGUUCAGAUUAUGUGAAAAAAAAAGUAUCUAAAAGCCCUCUUACGGGGACAAGAGGUAAAAAGGUAAAGAAGAGAAGAUGAGAAAGAAAGAGGAAUAUUGCUAACAAGUUUAAAGAGACAACCAGUCGAGUAAUUUCUUGCCUGG